AUGGCGGGAAGCUCGGUGAAAGCACAGACUGUCCUACUUCUCCACGGACCACGACAGGCAUAUCAGAUUACCAACGGUUAUAAUGUGCCGCUGUUGGUGGAAGACGAUGAGACACUCAUACAGACAUACACGAUAGGUCUGAAUCCGAUAGACUGGAAAGCGCCAGACUAUAACUUUGGUAUCGCAGCUCUACCAUAUAUUGCCGGUCGAGAGCUAGCAGGACGAGUAGCUAUCACUCCUCAGAAGAACUCUCGCUUAAAAGAAGGAGAUCGAGUAUUAGUGAUUUCGACAGACUAUCGCGAUCUUAGAAAGGCCGCCUACCAAGAAUACGUCGUUUCAUCGGACUUCAAUGUUGCAAGAAUACCUCCUUCCAUCUCAUUUCAGCAAGCUGCCGGUCUAGGAGUUGCAUUCUCUGCAGCGGCUAUCACAUUGGGGAUAUGCAUGGGAAUCGACUUUUCAUCCGUCCUUGAUGGGCCGGAUUUGCUGCAGCUCGUUCGUUCUGUUAAGUCAGAGAUAAUACCGGAGGAUGUCAGGGCAGAAUGUCUUCAGGGUAUAACAGAUGAUGAGCGAGCUGUUCCAGGAGACUGGGUGGCUGUUUGGGGAGGAUCAUCAACGUCAGCCAACAUAACUGUUCAGCUCGCGCGGCUGGCAGGCCUCAAAGUGAUCACGAUAGUUGACACAGCCAAGCAUGGUCUUCGCAUAUCUGGCUGCUCCGCCCAAAGGCCAGACCUUCUCAUCGACAGCCAUGAUACGGACCGUGCCGUCGAUAUCAUUAACAAAAGUGUUGGUAGCCAACUUCGCUUUGCGCUUGAUACUCGUGGACGAGACUCGGCUACGGUUUUACUCGAAGCUCUUACUCGCCAAAAGAGACUCAACGAGGCGCCGCCGUCACCCCCACAAACACCACGGGAAUUGAAGACACAGACGUCCCACCUCGUGGGAUUGACAGGAUUGCCCAAAGAAACAGCUCCAGAGGGUAUCGCAUAUCACACCGUUCCUAUCAAACUCUUUCACUCAGUCCCCGCCGUGGGCGAAGCGCUUGUGCUGUGGCUGGAGCGAUUAUUAGAGCAGGGCCUGAUCAAGCCGCCACCUAUCAUAGGCGUAGAGAGUGGCUUUGACGGCGUUAACAAAGGCUUGGAUAGAAUGAGAUCCGGAGAAAUUAGCGGAGGAAGACUGGUGGUUGAUUUAUUGGCCUAG